GCGUUUUCUGUAAACAGCUUGUAGCUUCCCUCCCUCGCUAAGAGGAUUUGGGAAACUAUCAGUUUCUGGCUCGUGUAGCUACUGAAGCCGUCUCGUUUGUAGUUCACGGGGAACAGCAGUGCAUUUUUUCCCCCCAUCUUCCACUGAACUUUUAACUGGCACUGAAAACCUGAGGAGAACAAGAAGAAGAAGAGCUGGAGGAUGAGCACCAAAGCGGGCAUCGACUACAGCGUGUGGGAUCACAUUUAUGUGUCAGACGAUGAAGAUGUUACCAGUCCGUACGUCGACACACCGAGUUUAUUCAGAAUGAGACAUCGGUCCAGGAAGGAGAAAAUGGCUGAGUUUCAGCAGAGAGGGGAAGACCUGGAGUUUAACUUUGCAGAAUGCAAGACCCUUAUAAAUGAAGUCCAGGGACAUCUUAAAAAGCUGGAAGAAGAAAAGCAGGAGGGCGAGGAGGACGAGGAGAGAGAGGUUGAGUUGAAAAGGGUCCAGGCUGAGCUGAAAAAACUGAAAAAAGAUGAAAAGUCAUAUGAAAAAUCCAUCGAAGAAUACCGACGAGAAGAAAAGAAACUGCCUUGGAAUGUGGACACUCUCAGUAAAGAAGGAUUCAGCAAAAGUGUUCUCAACAUCAAGCCUGUGACUGAGGAGCAGACUGGGGAGGAAAAGGUGGAGAAGCACAAGACUUUUGUGGAGAAGUAUUCAAAGGAAAUCAAACACUUUGGUAUGUUGCAUCGCUGGGACGACAGUCAGAAGUAUCUGUCAGAUAACCCACAUCUGGUGUGUGAAGAAACUGCUAAUUGCCUUGUUGUCAUCUGUAUUGAUUAUGAGAUUGAUGAGAAACAUGCUCUGAUGGAGCAGGUGGCCCACCAGGCCAUAGUCAUGCAGUUCAUCUUGGAUUUGGCUCGGACGCUAAAAGUCGACCCAAGAGGAUGCUUCAGAGACUUCUUCUCGAAGAUCAAGACUGCGGACAAGCAAUACCUGGACAUGUUCGACCAUGAACUGGAGUUGUUGAAGAAAAGGAUCCGCAGCUGUGCACAGAGUCGUAUGGAGAGCGCUAUGAAGGAGCUAGAGGAAGAGGAGAAGCAGAAGAGACUGGGCCCAGGUGGUUUAGACCCUGUAGAGGUUUAUGAAACACUGCCAAAGGAAAUACAGAGGAGCUUUGAUGAGAAGAACAUUCAGAUGCUGCAGGAGGCUAUAAACAAACUAGACCCUGUGGAAGGAAAGUACCAUCUGACGAGGUGCAUUAAGUCUGGACUGUGGGUGCCUGAAUCAGAAGAGGGCAAUGAUGAAGAUGAUGAAGACGAUGAAGACGAUGAAGAUGAAGAUGAUUAAUCAGAGAAGGAGGAACAUACAUGAGUUGUGAUAAAGAAGUGGGAUAAUUCAAUACACCUGUUUUUUGCUUUUAUUUUGACCGACGUGACCUUUGAAAGUCAAUACUGCUUGGUAGUUGACUGAGCAUGUUGAAGUUAUUAAAUUAUUUAUUGAAAUAAACGAGUACAAGGCACAAACAAUGCCAAAACAAGCAUGUUUAUACUUUAUACAUUUAAAAAAAAGCAAUAUUUUUUCCUUUAACUAGAAGUUCUGUCACAAGAAGCUGAUUUCAUACAAAUCCACAAUACAACACUUGACUCCUUUAACUCAGAUUAAGCUACUGGGCAAGAUCUGAUGGACGAUAUUGCACCUCUAAAGUAUAACUUUUAAGAUACAAAAAAGGUCAAUGAUUCAUAUUUUAGCUGACAAAGUUAAAUAUUAAUUCAUGAUUAUGUGCUGAUCAAAUCAGCUGCCUGCUCUUGUUGUUCUACUGUAGCCAACAGUGCCCUCUUCAGGCUGUUUGGUGAAUGACAGCCCAUAAAUUACAUCAGAAGUCUGUAUGGUGAACAACAAUCCAUCUACUUAUCUCAUAUAAAAUGUUGUGGUUGAUGGAAUUUAAGACCACUGGCAGGCUAUUUAAAAUUCAAUAUGAGCUGGUAUUAGUUAUCCUCAAACUGAGUGUUGUAUUCCCAAACAAAGUGGGCCAACACUCUGAGUUUGAAUCCUCAAGUCCUGAAGUCUUUGCGGCUCCUGCAGACUUUACAAGGACCUUCUUAAGAAACCUGAAUGCUGAUGAUUUUCAAAACCCACCACAGUCUAUCCAGUCUGCAAGUGGCCUCAAAGUUAGGUUCUGCAGACCUCCAGAGAAAACCUAAAGUUCAUGCAAUAUGGAUGGGAUGUUGCAGUUUUUUUAAACUUGUGUGUGUGUGUAAAUAAAGUCCAGUACAACCAAAUAAAACAGAAAAGCAUUUAUGAACUGCUGCAUGUUAGGAAUGUGGGACAGAAAAUUAAAAUGGUCUUAAAAUAUUAUAUUAAUUUUUUUU